AUGAAUCACAACAACAAACCUUUUAGUAUAGAAAACUUACAAAACAACAACACCGCGGUUGCAUUUAAAACUCAAACUUUUAAAGUUUUGAAAAACAAAUACCGCAGAGCAUGUUAUCUGCUGGAAAAAAUUGAAGAAAAUAAAAAAGCCCAUAGAGUUCAAUUGCAAGACCAUGCCGAUGAACUAGAGUGCCAUAGAGUUAUUGAAGAAUACCAGCAAUAUGUUAAAAACAAAUUUCCCAAUCAUACUCCUUCUACAUCUACAGUCGGCAAUGAAUCGGACCAAGCCAACAGUGAGGGCCUCCUAUUGGCUUUAGUUAAUGAAGAUUUUAGCAAAAACCAUGUAGUAACCUCUUUAUGGCAUGAAAUUGAAUGUAAACUUUCUGCCAUGGUCAUCGACUAUAUUCUCAAGAACUCCAACGGUUCCCAGUUACCCAGUUAUAAUUCAUCGAAACUAUAUCGUGGUUGCCGUCUCAUCAAAUGCAUGGAUGAAUUUUCCAAGAGUCUUAUUAUGGACUUUGUCAAAGCGAUUAGCAAUUCAUGGGAAGGUUUGAAUCUAAAACUUAUACCAGCCCAAGAUGUGCCUCGCAGACCCUGUGCCCGCAUUUGGUUGCCACCUCUAACUGCUCUUAGCAACCACAAACUGUUGAAGUCUCUAAGGCUUCACAACCCCUCAGUUCCCAUGCAAGAUUGGUACAUUAUGCGUCGCGAGAUUACCAAGAACAAUAGCUUAUGUUGCCUGGUAUUGAUCACUGAGGAAGGUGUGUCAGCUUUGAAAAAUAUCGGCUAUAGACUAAGGUUUGGCAUACGCAAUGCUAAGGUUAAAAUUAUCCCAGCUAAAGUGAAAUCCAGCAAUAAGGAAUCUGAUGACAACGCCAGUAAUCUAUCGGAUGAUAUCAAUGGUCUUCAAAUUACCACCUACUAUUGA